AUGCCCCGCCAGAAAAGGGCAGAGUGGAAGCCCCAGGUGACACCUGAGGAGGCGGGGCUGGGCGCCGAGCCCCAGCGGGCAGGGAAGAAACAUCUGGGCCCGGUGUCCAAGUCCAGGCCGGAGCGGCUCCCAGCAGUCGGCCUGCAGCGCCACCUCGUGGUCAAGGUUCAAAGACGCGUCUCCUCCACCUGCGUGCCCCACUCAAGACCCAGGCAAGCUGGCCACCUGCCCAACCAGCAGGCCUCCCUGGGCACCUCCGGCACCAACCUCCGGGCAUCCCUCCAGUCCUCUCCCUUCAGAUUAACCUCCCUCAUCCCUCUGGGACUCCGGAUCCUGUUCAUCCAGGAAGCCUCUCCAAACUUCUCCAGCUUCAGGGCCAGCGACGCCAAGCUCUGCGCUCUCUACAAAGAGGCCGAGCUGCGCCUGAAGGGCAGCAGCAACACCACCGAGUGUGUCCCCGUGCCCACCUCCGAGCACGUGGCCGAGAUCGUGGGCAGGCAAGGCUGCAAGAUUAAGGCUCUGAGGGCCAAGACCAACACGUACAUCAAGACCCCGGUGCGCGGCGAAGAGCCCGUGUUCAUGGUGACCGGGCGGCGGGAGGACGUGGCCACAGCCCGACGGGAAAUCAUCUCGGCGGCCGAGCACUUCUCCAUGAUCCGCGCCUCCCGCAACAAGUCGGGCGCCGCCUUCGGCGUGGCGCCGGCCCUGCCGGGCCAGGUGACCAUUCGCGUGCGGGUGCCCUACCGCGUGGUGGGGCUGGUGGUGGGCCCCAAGGGGGCAACCAUCAAGCGCAUCCAGCAGCAGACCAACACGUACAUCAUCACGCCGAGCCGCGACCGCGACCCGGUGUUCGAGAUCACGGGCGCCCCGGGGAACGUGGAGCGCGCGCGCGAGGAGAUCGAGACGCACAUCGCGGUGCGCACGGGCAAGAUCCUCGAGUACAACAACGAGAACGACUUCCUGGCGGGGAGCCCCGACGCCGGCCUGGACAGCCGCUACUCCGAGGCCUGGCGGGUGCACCCACCCGGCUGCAAGCCGCUCUCCACCUUCCGCCAGAACAGCCUGGGCUGCAUCGGCGAGUGCGCGGUGGACUCCGGCUUCGAGGCCCCGCGCCUGGGCGAGCAGGGCGGGGACUUCGGCUACGGCGGCUACCUGUUCCCGGGCUACGGCGUGGGCAAGCAGGACGUGUACUACGGCGUGGCCGAGACCAGCCCCCCGCUCUGGGCGGGCCAGGAGAACGCCACGCCCACCUCGGUGCUCUUCUCCUCCGCCUCCUCGUCGUCGUCGUCGUCCGCCAAGGCCCGCGCCGCGCCGCCUGGGGCGCACCGCUCGCCCGCCGCCUCCUCCGCGGGGCCCGAGCUGGCCGGACUGCCCAGACGCCCGCCGGGAGAGCCGCUGCAGGGCUUCUCCAAACUGGGGGGCGGCCUGCGGAGCCCCGGCGGCGGGCGGGACUGCAUGGUGUGCUUCGAGAGCGAGGUGACUGCCGCCCUCGUGCCCUGCGGACACAACCUGUUCUGCAUGGAGUGUGCAGUACGCAUCUGCGAGAGGACGGACCCGGAGUGUCCCGUCUGCCACAUCACGGCCACGCAAGCCAUCCGAAUAUUCUCCUAAGCCCCCUGCCCCAGGCCUCCUGCGUCCCUCCCCAGAGGCCCGCCCUGGAUCUGUUUUCCACCGGGGCCUUUUGGAAAUCAGUGGUCUGAGGGGCAAGGUGCUUAGAGAUACUCGCUCCGUGGGGAGGGGGAGGGGAGGCGAUGGUGGCUGAGGAGGGGUAGGCCACUUUCAGAGCCUCUGGUCACCCCAGUCCUGGAAUGGUGGGGAGGGGGCCAGGCAGGAGAUUUUACUAGAGUUACAACUCUGAUACCUCAACACACCCUUCAAUCUGGAAGCAGCUAAGAGAAACUUUUGUUUUGCCAGAGGUGACCGUUAAGGCACCCUGACCCCCUCUGUCCACCUCCCCAUCUGCAUCACACUGCCCCUCCCUCUGCGGAGGGGAUGGGGAAAGGGAGGGGGACAGGUUCCAUCUGUAUCUAGAGGUGCUCUUUCCAAUCCUCAAGCCCUCUCUGGCCCUGACCUUUGACCUCCCAACAUGACCCUCUAGACCCUCCACUGCCAUAUCCUGUUUGGGAAUCUGUUCCUGGGUUUCCGAUGGUACAAGGGGGUUGGGGCCCUUUCAGAAGUCUGCACAGAUAUUCCGGGCGGGGGGUGGGGGGAAGCAUGUCAAUCUAGAAAGGGCUCAGAGCUCAUCUCCCCGACAGAGCUGGGUGCAGGGGUCUGGAGAGAGAGCUCCUCUCUGCCCCUCCGGCUCCCCGCCCCCAUCUUCCCUCCAUUGGGCUCUCCCUUCCCUUUACUGUUUCCACCGGCUCUCCUCUUUGCUUCCCCUUGAUGGCUGCCCUUCCCAGCCCUGUCCUCCUCCCCUCUCUUCCCUUCUCCCCCUCCCUCCUGCCCCUUCUAGUCCAGCUUUGGGUUCACCAUCUCCCCUGGGGAGAAAUAGGGGAGAAGAGCAUUUGGAUGGACCCCCCCCCCCCAUUUAAUUCCUCUUCUGGCAUUCGGAGGCCCUCCCCACUCCAAAGAAACACCUCUAAUUCUUGAUGGAAUGUAUCCCCAUUCUCAGUGACAAUUUGAGGAGGGAACGAAUACUGGGGUACAUCAAGGGUCGAACCUCCGCCUCUACCGUCUUUGGGCAUUGCAUUUGGGGAGCAGUUCUCGGGCUGGAUUUUCUAGCAGCCGGCAGUCGUGGAGAGCCAGGGUCGUGUGUGUGUCUGCUGUUCAAGGGGACAGGAAGGAGCCUGAGGCUGGUGGAUGGAAGGGCCCCCCCUCCCCCUGCAGCUCUCACCCCUGUGCCCCUCUCUGGGCCUUACCCGAACCCCUAUCAGCGGGCAAAUCAUGAAGUCUCUGUCCCACCCAUUGUGGCUGAGGAGAGAGGCUGGGUCUUCAGAGAGAGCUCAGUCCCAGGCCGGUCGGGAUUGUGGUGCCGCAGGGCCCCAUAUUGCUAACAGGCCUUGCAUCCCCCCUCCACUGCUUCCCUGAGGCUCACUUGGGGCUGCCACCAGCCUGCCACCCUCCUGGUUCCGCUGGCCGGGCCAGGAGAGGGUGGGGGAUGGGAGUCCCAGGAGAUUCUUGUAUAUAGUGGGGUGGGACUCUUCCAAAUGAUCUCUGAGCACUUAGCUCGGAACCCCGUUCUAUCUGAUGGAGAGGGAGUGCAGGGAUGGAGGUACAGGGGGGAUUUCCUCCUCUCCUUCCUCCUGUUGUGAAUUAACUCACCUCUCCUCGGCCUACCCCUCCAGACCACCAGCCAGGGAGGGGAGAGGAAGGAGGUCACAGUCAGGAAAACUGGCCGCUGACAACUUCCCUCCUUCCCGCCAACGUGAGCCAUCCUGAGAUGUCUGUACAAUAGAAACCAAACCAAAUGGGCACCCCCGGUCGCCGAGGGGGGGUGGGGAGGGGGGUGGAAAGAAGGGAUGUCUGUCUGUCGAUCCUCCUCCCCCUCUCCACCUCUUACCCACAAAGGCAGAAGACUGUUACUCUAGGGGGCUCGGAAAAUUCAAUCCCACCCUUACUAAUUGAGCCAAACCUAGAAACCAACGCAAAAACACAUAGUGAGAGACAAAACAGAGGAGAGAAAGCGUGAGAGGGAGCGAGAUAGGCGACCAACGCAAAGGAGAGAAAACAAAAAUAGCAAAAAAAAAAAAAAAAAAAAGCAGUUCUUUAUAAUUUAAUAUUCUAUUUUAAUAAAGGCGUUUAUUACCGUAUAAAUGUAGCAAAGAACCUGGGCUAAUAUGAAAAAAAAAAGACUUUUUAUUAGGUAAUUUAUUAUAUGAAAAGGAUAUUUUAUUUUAUGAUAAAGUGAUCCUUAAAAAAAAUAAAAAAACUUUAGAAGGUUUAGAAUAUAUGUAGGGAGAGAAGAAGAAAAAAAAUACAUUUGUAUUCAGAGUUAAAUCUUAAAAAAAAAAAGUGUUUUUAAUAUAUGUUCGGGUUUACGUUCCUUUUUUCCCCCACUUUUUUUUGGGGAGGAAUGUCAUUUGCUUUUCGUGGGGAGCAUCCUGGGAUGUGUGGCGGAGACAGGGGCUGGGGGAACCUGGUCCUUCUGGGGCCCCACAAGUAGAUUGGAUUUCACUCCAUGGGCCCCCUCCCCGCUCCCCUCCCCCUCGGGGGAGCCGGCAGAGCCAAACAAAGAAAGGGAUUAACAAGAAAGGAGGCGCACUGGGACUGAGGAUCCUGGGCUGCCCCCCCCCCCUCCCCUGCCCUGUCCCAGGGGCGAGUGAGGAGGGGGAAGUCCAGAGCUGAGGCCUUGCAGGCCUGCGGGAACCCUCAGAGAGGUACAAGAUUUAAGAGAAAUAGUUUUGUUUUGUUUUGUUUAACCAAAAAUGAGAGAGAGAGAGAGAGAGAAGAAAAAGAAAGAAACCGAGGGGUUUAAAAGAAAAGAAUACUACAAAAUAAUAAUUAUUAAUAAUAAUAAUUCAAAUUUAUUUCAUAUAAUCCUAGAGAAAAAGAAAGAAUUACUAGUUACUUAGUAGACAAUAUUCAGAUAGCUUAAAGUUUAGUAGCAUUGAGGGCCCCUGGGUCCAGUAGAAUGUAUAAAAGUUGUAACGAAAAAGGAAAGUAGGUGAGGGAAGCGGUCAAUUCCACCCUGCAUGUGAGAACUCGCCCAUGUCCAGGUAUCCGGGUGCGAGCAGGUUGCUAGUUCAGGUGGGGAGCUUCCAGUCUGCUGGGGUUGAUUCUGAGAAUCCUUGGAUUUUUAAAUUGUAGGACAAAUAGAUGAGGGGCUCGGUCCCCAGGGUCUUUGAAAGAUGGCAUUGAUCAUUUCAACCGCGUGGGAGCUGGGCGGGGCGGCAGAGAAGGUGAGCACAUUUCUCCUGCUCUGUGCCCUUGCACCUGGGGGCCCGCCAUCAGGCGCAUCCCUGGUCUCUGCAGAGCAGUCCUUACUCCAAAGUGGGGUGUCCUCUCGGGGUCUCAGGGAGGGUGGAGCCUGCUUCUCCCAGGCCCAAGGAAGUCCUUCUUGAAGAGUAGCCUCCAUCCACCCCUCUACGGAUUGAUUCAAGAGCCUGGUAGGUCAUUCUAGAAACAGAUUCGCACACGCUUCCCACGGUCGUAGAGCUCCGAGAGGACUGAGGGGGUCGGCACCCCCGUCCUCGUUCCUAUCCAAUAUUCCACGUAGCUUUUGGCCUCCGAGGCGGUGGUGGAGGUCACAAUCUCGGUAAUGGUUCUUUACAGCUGCACUGUGCCCCUUUUCUCCACAGGUUUGCUGUAUUGUCUCAAAGAAGUUAGGCUCCAAGAAGGACUUCCCACCCCUGGGGUACAGGGGAGAUGCUGUCCUUGAAGGCCUGGGAGAACAGGGCUCCCAGGGGUAUGAAGGCAGGGGGAGGGCAGCAGGGACUUCGGGGGACCCUGCCCCUACCCCUGUGUUUCAGCCUACCCCCAGCUGUGAGCGGUCAGGUAGAGGCCACCCGCCGAGCCCUGGCCUGGGGGACAGCACCCUCCCCACAGAAGACUGGGGAGCUUGGCUUUUGCAUGUAAGAAAUCCGCGAAUCUUUCUUAGCACUUGCCUUCUAGCGGCCCCAGCUCAGGGUGGGCCCUCCUGUCCGAGGGGGGGCGGGGGCCCCUCAGCUCUGCUUUGGGCACGUGGAGGCUGCUCCUUGACAUCAGUGACUCCGUCAUGCCCCUCCCUGGCCCUAGGCCCCCCCAUCACAUCUCCCUCUCCCCAAUUUACUCUUCUCACCCCACCUAGGGAGAUCCCCCCCCUGCUCUUUUUGUCCUAGAAACCCCGCUAGUUCGGGAAGGUAGUCUGGGGUGGGGAGGGCUUCCCCUUCCCACUGGAGGGUGCGGGUGGGGUAGGGUGGGGGGGGAGACGGCCCUGGGGCAGGGGGACGGUCUCUCCACUGUAGAAAGUAGCGUAGGAUUGUGGUCAGACUUAAUUUGAGGCAUCUAGCGAAGACACAUACAAACCCACCGAGGAAAAAGAUUUCAAAAGCAAAAUAAAGGCGGGAAAUGAAACGGACCCAUGAAUAAUCAAGUCAAAGUAAUGUUGCACAAAAUGCAGAGAAACCAAGAAGGGGGAGGGUUAAUGUAUUAAAUGUGCUAUUAAGAACUUAAUUUUAUUAAAAGUAUUAUUAAUUAAGGCUCUGGCCUCUUUCUCUGCAUCAGAGUCUGACCCACUGUGGGCUGGGUGAGAGGG